GUCUACUGUGCGGGACAGGUUUGGUGGUAGUAGUGGUGGUGCUACUACUGCUGCUGCUAUCCAAACUACUGUAUCUGUACCACCACCCUUCCUCACUCCUCCAUGCUCAUUCCUCAUCUGCAGGACUCAGCCAGCCAAAGAGAAUUUGGCGAAACGCAGGCUCCAUCAAUCACAAAACAACAAAACAUGACGUUCGCCAAGCGUCUGGAUCCUCGUGGUAUCGCUCGUGGUAGAGGUAACUAUAAAGCCCCGAUCUAA